GGCGGGACUUAAGGUGACACUUCGGCGAAGAUAAACAAACAGAAGCUGCAGGUUCCGGAGGGGCAGGGCCGGAGAAGAAUGUGAUCAGAUGUGCUGCUGUUGAAAAGCGGCCCUCCUCUGCUCCUCUCGUCACAUCAAAGAGGUCUGAGACGAUGGAUCAGUCCUCCUAUGAAGAGGAGCCUCGCACCUUCGUGCAGGUCAUCAGUGACAAGUACAACUCUAAGAACUUCCCCCACGGCCAGGGCCUGGGCGUCGUGGUUCUGCCCUCCCCCCCUGGGUCGCCUAUCAAAGAUGAGUUGUUUUUGCCCAGUGUACUGGUCCUGAAUGACUGCGGCAUCAGGAAAGCAGGCGACAGGUCCGACAUUGCAGUUUUCUGCGCUCACGUGGUCGAGUUGGACCUGUCCUACAAUGAGCUCCACGACUGGGCUGAGAUCUGCACCAUCGUGUCCAACAUCCCUCACCUGGACUUCCUCAACCUGAGCAUGAACCCCCUAAACGGUGUGCCGCUGGAGCCCUGCAUGGCCGAGGUGUUCACCCGGGUGCGGCGCCUCGUCCUCAUCAACACGCACGUGACUUGGGACACCGUGCACACGCUCACGCGGAACACGCCGGAGCUGGUGGAGCUCUUCCUGUGCCUGAACGACUACGACGCCGUGUCGCAGUCACGCACAUCCUGCCCGUCCCUGCGGCUGCUGCAGAUCACCGACAACAACCUGCGCGACUGGGCCGAGGUGCGCAAGUUUGGCGUGAUGUACCCCAGCCUCAGCACGCUGGUGCUGGCCAACAACAGCGUGGAAUGCGUGAGCGACACCCGGGAUGCCAUGCAGCGCCUCUUCCCCAACCUGCGCAGCAUCAAUCUCAACAACUCAGGGCUGAGUAAGUGGGAGGACAUCGAGAGGCUGAAUUUUCUCCCCAAGUUGCAAGAAAUCAAAGCAAAGGGUAUUCCGCUGUUGGAGCCGUACACCGCACACGAGCGACGCUGCCUCCUUUUAGCACAACUGCCCAAAAUCUUGGUGCUGAACGGAGGUGCAGUGUCCGAUAACGAGAGAGAAGACGCAGAGAGGUUCUUCGUCAGGUACUACUACCAAGACUGUACGGAACAGAAACGUCCAGAAAGGUACCACGAGCUGGUAUCCAAGUACGGUCAGCUGGCCCCGCUGGCCGACGUGGACCUGAGCCCCCAGAGCACCAUGGUGGACGUGCGUUGGGGCGACAAGGUGGAAGCGGUGAACCUCCGCCUGGAGAAGACGGUGGGCGACCUGAAGAAGCAGCUGAGGGCGCUGCUCCAGCUGCCCACCAACGGCAUCCGGCUCUUCUACAUCAACCGGGACAUGUGCUCUAUGUUCGGGCCCGAGGAGCUGAAGUGCGGCUGCCGGGCCCUCCACUCGUACAGCAUCCGGGACGGGGACGAGAUACUCGUGGUGCCCAAGGUGAAAAGUCGCUGCAGCUCCUCGGAUCUUUGAGGUAGGAGGACACUCGAGGGUACUCUCUGAACUCUUACUGGAUUGAAUUUGUUAUUUUCAUUCAAUUUAAAAAAACAAAAAACAAAAAAAAAAAGUGUCUGGGUCGGCCUUAGGUCAGGGCGGAAGUCCCUACUUGGACUGUUUGUCUAAAAGUUGGACACUGGGGAUGUGUUCAGAAACCAAGAUGUAGCUUCUUGGGCUAUUUGUGAAACACUGAACCAGUGCUUUGAUGCAAACUGAUGAGGAUUUGAUUUUGAGGACAGAAAAUGGACGAAUGACCAGUACCAACUUCGAGAUGCCUGUUUACUGCAAAAAAUGUGUUGUCUUUUUUUUCUUGAGAGCUUACAGCUACUGAUUGAAAGAACCGCCGUUAAUGCGGAAGUUCAAAAACAGCAGUUUUGAGUAUUGAGCCAUAAUCCUCCGGUUUUGUGCAGAGAUCCCGACUGUACGGUAACCAAACGCCUGCUGCAGUGUCAGGUCACUUCCUCGCCGAGGAGGAGGAGACCACCCACUCCAACCUGCCUAUGCGAAUGAACCUGAAUGCUUCUUACAUUGCUCCUCACAAACCUGACACCUCCAGUGUCUGCUCUUUCACAGGAUGCCAGGUCCUGGCCUCUCCCACUGGCCCAUGCCCCCCCCCCCCACCCCCCUCCAAAAUCAAAGGAUUCCUUUACAGGGAGGAAAUGAGUUCCCACUUGCUGGAAACUUUUUACACAAGAAAAACCUGGGACUUUUCUCCUGAUCUGGAUCGUCCAGAGCUUUCGAGACGGAGGGGUCUUUUGUUUCCACUGCAACUAGUCAUCUCUUAAAGUACCAGAAAAUGCACUUGUUGUUCCGACAAAGGGCCUGAUUUACUAAGAUCCGCAUCCCACCUGCUAAACAGCGUGUGCAAACUAUAACAUUUUCAAGCACUAAUUAUUAUCAAUCAAUCAAUGUUUACUUAUAUAGCCCUAAAUCACUAGUGUCUCAAAGGGCUGCACAAACCACCACGACAUCCUCGGUAGGCCCACAUAAGGGCAAGGAAAACUCACACCCAGUGGGACAUUGGUGACAAUAAUGACCCAGUGGGACGUCGGUGACAAUGAUGACUAUGAGAACCUUAGAGAGGAGCUGUAGAGUGUGAUCUACUGAGACUGCAUUUAAAUAAGUUUUUUCCUUGUACUAUACAGGUUAUCAGCAUAGAGCAGGCAUGGGCGAUUAUUUUUGACUCGGGGGGCCAAAUUUAGAGAAAUUGUCUGGGGACCUCACAAUAAUGUCUGACUGAGUGUUAGACACGUUAUGACAGAUCACCUGAAAAAUGGGAAUGGAAUCUACUGAAUGAGACACCCAGAAUGUACAAGAAAAUAAUGUGUUAUUUACAAUAUCAACUAUGAACGAUAAAACACUGAAUAUUGACAAUAUAUGAACGUCACCUACCCUCUCCAUCGACAUAUUUUCAAUCAAGCGAAAUGCAACAAACACAGCAAAAUAUGAACGCGAAGGGUAAAAAAAAAAAAAGCCCUACCUACUCUCUGAUACAUCUGAUACAUCACUAAGCUUUAGAACGUCGUUGUAAAAAUCCUCUUCCGUGUCUGUCCCCGACACCCAAAUUUCAGGCUCGCUGUGGAAACACUCUGUGGAAACGCUCCCCACCCACACUGCUUGGUGCCUCCUCUGAGCUGCUGUGACGUAGAUUACCAUAGCAACUAAAUUAGAUUACCAUAGUAACUUGUAUAUCAUGCAAAAGCGCAAAUUCCAACCUUUGAAAUACUUUGUACAGUUCAAGACUUACGGUCAUUUGAAAACAUCACUCCACAUCAUAAUGGCAGCUCCACUUUCCAUCUUAAAGAUCUAAAAAAAAAAUAUUUGGUAAUGUCCGGCGGAUCAAAUUGAAAAGCUUAACGGGCUGCAUGCGGCCCCCGGGGCUUAAUUUGCCCUGGUCUGCUUUAGAGGCACUUAUUUACUGCACAUCCGUGUUAUCAUGCUACUUCCUGUGGUGUUUUGCUAUGUUUUCGAACAAACAGCAGACAUGUACCACUUUUUAUGGGCAUUUCAGGAGCAGCCGUGCAUUGCAUCUACAAUGAAGCCCACAGGAGAGGCUGCACUUCCAAAAAAAUGCAUACUUCAAACAUUUCUUCCAUAUAGGGAACAUGUUAAUUUUAUAUAGCUAUGUGAGAAACAAAAACGUGCCAAUUGAAUUGGUUUUAAUCAGCCCCUUAAAGGCCUACUGAAAUGAGAUUUUCUAAACGGGGAUAGCAGGUCCAUUCUAUGUGUCAUACUUGAUCAUUUCGCGAUAUUACCAUAUUUUUGCUGAAAGGAUUUAAUAGAGAACAUCCACGAUAAAGUUCGCAACUUUUGGUGCUGAUAAAAAAGCCUCGCCUUUACCGGAAGUCGCAGACGAUGAUGUCACAAGGGGGAGGGCUCCUCACGUCCUCACAUUGUUUUAAUGGGAGUCUCCAGCAGCAAGAGCUAUUCGGACCGAGAAAACGACAAUUUCCCCAUUAAUUUGAACGGGGAUGAAAGAUUCGUGGAUGAUGAUAUUGAUGGCGAAGGACUAGAAAAAAUAAAAUAAAAAGUGACAGCAGUGUGAGCGUUUCAGAUGUAAUUAGACACAUUUACUAGGAUAAAUCUGGAAGAUCCCUUAUCUGCUUAUUGUUUUAAUAGUGUUUAGUGAGAUUGUAAAGACAUACCUUGAUGUCGGCUGGCUGCAGUGAACACGCAGUGUCUCACUUUUAAACAGCUACUGCAGGAGGACGAAUAAUCCAAUGAUGUCUCCGGUAAGAUAUAUAUAUCACAAUUUUCCCAUCCAAAAACAUGCUGGUUGCUGUAGAGAAACAUGUUCGCUUGACCGCUCUGUGUUAAAAAUGAAACACCGGGUGUGUCUCGGUGCUAAAGGCAGCUGCAAUACACCGCUUUCCACCAACAGCAUUGUUCUUUAUCGUCUCCAUUAUUAAUUGAACAAACUGCAAAAGAUUCAGCAACACAGAUGUCCAGAAUACUGUUUAAUUGCGCGAUGAAAAGAGACGACUUUUAGCCGCAAAUGGUGGUGCGCUAAAAUUUCCUGACAGUCCGUGACGUCACGCGCACGCAUCGUCAUUCCGCGACGUUUUCAACAAGAAACUCCGCGGGAAAUCUAAAAUUGCAAUUUAGUAAACUAAAGCGGCCGUAUUGGCAUGUGUUGCAAUGUCAAUAUUUCAUCAUUGAUAUAUAAACUAUCAGACCGCGUGAUCGGUAGUAUUGGGUUUCAGUAGGCCUUCAAAGGGUACCGCACUUUUUUAGGGAAUUUUGCCUAUCGUUCACAAUCCUUUUGAGGGACAAGUUUUCGGUAUUUAAUUUGUAAAAUUGCUUCCAUUAACAAAGCAGCGAAUGAAAGCAAUUCAUUCUGCCGCUAAAUCACUUUUAAAUAUGCAUUCAAAAACCCGUCAACAAAACUGCAUUUACGUUCCGUAACCCGUAUAACAACUGAGCAUUAGCGACAUUGUUAUUGUAAGAGCGAACAAUGAGAAAGUAUUUAUCGAGCGUAGUAACACAUCAUCUUGGGGCGGCAUGCUACGGCAUUAGCCGUAAGCUAGCCAGGGAAAGACCUAAGCUAGCUUUUGCGUCAGCGGCUGAAUCACUUGAGUUUGUAAUACACAACAGUACUGACUGAAAAACAUGAAUAAUCACAUUACAGUAUCUGUAAAGUACUAACCCACCUACUCAGUCGAUGGGACAGUUGACUGUUUUUGAUUGAUUGAUUAAAACUUGUAUUAGUAGAUUGCACAGUACAGUACAUAUUCCGUACAAUUGACCACUAAAUGGUAACACACGAAUAAGUUUUUCAACUUAAUCCACGUUAAUCAAUUAACAGGUCCAGCUGACCGGGAAUAUUUUUUUAAGUUGACUUUGGGUAAGCAAUCCAUUUCUGUUGGCAAGUUCCACAUUUACGGCGUUAAGUCGCGUCGACCUCACUCUCGGCUUCUGUCCGCUCCGUUUCACUCUCUCUCUCUCCUUGUGCUCGCUUUCAGAAGCAGCACUUCAUCCUCUGUAUAUUCAGCUUCAAAAAGACAAGGUUGUGAAACCUCAUUUGUCCCAAGAAUCAUCUUCGUUGUCUGUUACCAAGUCUGCCAUGAUUACAACACAACACACUCACAUUUGUUUCCAGAAGUAGGAACACUCAUUUGUUGCCGGAAGUCGGAAGGAAGAAAGUGAAAGCUGCAGCUCUCUUCUUUAGUCAGGGACAUCAAGGGAUACAAGAUAGUCUCUAAACACGAGUACAUCCUAUAAUAAUACCAGAAGAAGGUGCUAGAUGUGUUGCUAAUUUAAAAUUUUUAAGUCAGGGACAUCAAGGGAUAGAAGAUAGUCUCUAAACACAAGUACAUUCUAUAAAAACACUAGAAGAAAAUGCUAGAUGUAUUGCUAGUUGUUUUAAAACAUUUUUAAAGUCUGUAAAAACUUGAAAAAAUCUCCACGAAGUACUUUGUACAAAAAGCAGCAAAACGAUAAAUAUGUUAAUGCUAAUUAGUAAAAACAGAUUUGUUUUAAAUGUAUGUAUACAUUUGUGGAGCCUUUCUAAAGAAAAUAAUCCAUUCAUCCAUCCAUCCAUCCAUCUUCUUCCGCUUAUCCAAGCUCAGGUCGCGGGGGAAGCAGCCUAAGCAGGGAAGCCCAGGCUUUCCUCUCCCCAGCCACGUCGUCCAGCUCUUCCCGGGGGAUCCUGAGGCGUUCCCAGGCCACCCGAGAAACAUAGUCUUCCCAACGUGUACUAAGUCUUCUCCGUGGCCUUCCUAAAAAUCAUAUCAAAGCAAAUUAUGCAAAUUACUUGAAGACGUCCCAGUGACCAAGCUCAUAACCACACCGCCACAGGUAUCUUGGCAGUUUAGGGGAAACCCUGUACAUGCAAACCUUAGUAAACCAGGCCCAAAGUCUCCACUAGCAUCGACCGCACCCUUACCCUUAGCCACCUUCGUUCUCCUCAUGUUCUCGGGUAAUCUCAAUUCAACUCAUUUGUUUUCUAUACCGACCGCCCCUUUUCUGAGUUGAUGCCAUCCAGUGGAAAAGUGGCAUUGAUCCAAUGACGACUUGUACAUCCUAUGAUUUUCUAAAGGAUAUAAGGUCCGACCGACUGGAAACACAGAGUAGAACCACUUUGGGCCUACUCUUCAACUGGAUUUGUGAAGAACCUUCAUUUAUCCUCGUUUUCCACUGCACAAUCGAGCAAAACGGAUACCAUGAGGAAACUCCACGUACUUCAUCAGUGGAGGUUUAAUAUUAUGAGGAAACUUUUCGUACUUCAUCUGUGGAGGUUCCAAUACUACAAGGAAACUCUUCGUACUUCGUCAGUGGAGGUUCCAAUACUACGAGGAAACUCUUCGUACUUCGUCAGUGGAGGUUCCAAUACCACGAGGAAACUCUUCGUACUUCAUUAGUUGAUGUUCCAAUACCACGAGGAAACUCUUCGUCAGUGGAGGUUCCAAUACUACGAGGAAACUCUUCGUACUUCAUUAGUCGAUGUUCCAAUACUACGAGGAAACUCUUCGUACUUUAUCAGUGGAGGUUCCUAUACCACGAAGAAACUCCUCGUACUUCAUUACUGGAGGAGGUCUAGGAAACUCCUCGUACUUCAAUCAGUGGAGGUUCCAAUACUACAAGGAAACUCUUUGAACUUCAUCAUUGGAGGUUCCAAUACUACGAGGAAACUCUUUGAACUUGCUCAGUGGAGAUUCCAAAACUCAAAGGAAACUCCCCCUAAUUCAUCAGUGGAGGUUCCAAUACUACGAGGAAACUCCUCGUACUUCAUUAGUGGAGGAGGUCUAGGAAACUCCUCGUACUUCAAUCAGUGGAGGUUCCAAUACUACAAGGAAACUCUUUGAACUUCAUCAUUGGAGGUUCCAAUACUACGAGGAAACUCUUUGAACUUGCUCAGUGGAGAUUCCAAAACUCAGAGGAAACUCCCCCUAAUUCAUCAGUGGAGGUUCCGAUACUACGAGGAAACUCAUCGUACUUUAUCAGCGGCUGUUCCAAUACUACGAGGAAACUCAUCGUACUUCAUCAGUGGCUGUUCCAAUACUACGAGGAAUCUCUUCGUACUUAAUCAGUGGAGGUUCCAAUACCAGGAGGAAAGUCCUCGUACUUCAUCAGUGGAGAUUCCAAUACUACAGGAAACUCCUCGUACUUCAUCAGUGGAGGUCAAGGAAACUCCUGUAACUUCAUCAGUGGAUGUUCCAAUACAAGGAAAAUAUUUGAACUUCAUCAGUCGAGGCUCCAAUAUGCCGAGGAAACUCUUUGUACUUCAUCAGUGGAGGUUUUAAUACUUGGAGGAAACUCUUUGAAUUUCCUCAGUGGAGAUUCCAAUAUUACAAGGAAACUCCUUGUACUUCAUCAUUGGAGGUUGAGGAAACUCCUCGUACUUCAUCAGUGGAGGUUCCAAUACCACGAGGAAAGUCCUCGUACUUUAUCAGUGGAGGUUCCAACACUACGAGGAAACUCCUUGUACUUCAUAUCAUAACUGGACGUCGAGGAAACUCCUCGUACUUCAUCAGUGGAGGUUCCAACACUACAAGGAAACUUUUUGAACGUCCUCAUGGAGGUUCCAAUAGUUCAAGGAAACUCCUCGUACUUUAUCAGUGGAAGUUCCAAUACUCCGAGGAAACUCUUUGUACUUCAUCAGUGGAGGUUCCAAUACUUCGAGGAAACUCUUCAAAUUUCAUCAGUGGCGAUUCCAAUACUACAAGGAAACUCCUCGUACUUCAUCAGUGGAGGUCGAAGAAACUCCUCGUACUUCAUCAGUGGAGGUUCCAAUGCUACGAAUAUCCUCGUACCUCAUAAGUGGAGAUUCCAAUACUCUGAGAAAACUCAUCGUACUUCAUCAGUGGAGGUUCCAAUGCUACGAGGAUACUCCUCGUACUUCAUAAGUGGAGAUUCCCAUACUCAGAGAAAACUCAUCGUACUUCAUCAGUGGAGGUUUCAAUCACACCACAACCAUAGCUUUGGACACUGCUUUAUUAGACUCCGCAGUCUCCACUUAGCUCUUACUGCCCUGAUUCUCCUUACAGAUAAACUUAUCAGCCACCACCAGUAGCAUGUUUUUUUCUAUGACCGUGUCUCAUUCCAAAUGAGCCACCCCCCCCCCGUACCGACAAGUAGCCGAGCGUGGUGACUUUAUUCACGAAGUGACUCAAUGAGAACCUGUGGAAAAUAGCCAAGUCACUACCGUCACUUUAGACGCAUAAUCCGUUUCUUCUGUGACCUGGUCCUGGCAAUAAGUCCUUUUCUUGGCGAACCCGGGAGAAAUCCGUAACCCCACAGAGACUAAAGGAAAGCUUCUCUUUGUUUCGAGGCAAUUUGGAGGUUUUUUUUGUCUGUGGCAAGCUGUCCGGUGGCUGAAACAAGCCACAGAUUUGUGUUUUUGGGCUGCGGGUGAAAAGUGAAGCUUGCCUGUCCUGAAAUGUCCACUUGCUUUGUUCAGCGGAAAACUGGAGAUGUUUUAGUCGUAGUUCUUGAUGUCCUUGGAUGGACUCUGACGAGGGAAGGUGAUCAGGUUGCCAUAUGGUGUCGGUUUGCAUAUAUAUUCACACAAAAUUGCUCUUUUAAAGGUGUUUUCGUAACAUUGUUGGUGUCUUACGCGGGAAUUUAGGAUUCCACGUACAAAAAAAUUAAAAAACAGAUUUUGUUUUUUUUUCCCCCACUGUAGACGGGAAAAAAUAUGCUUUGGGGUGAUGAUAAAACAAAAGAGGAAAUAAUGUUUUUGAAUGAAAUGUGUUGCUUUAAGUACAAUGUUCAUAUUGCACUCUCGCUACCAUGACUGUUGAUGGUGCGCCUGGUGUGUUAACUUAUAUCUUACGGGUUUAUUGUGUUGGUGGUGAUUUUUUUUUUUGUUUCCUCAACAUCAUAAAGCCGUUUUCGCAGAUUUACUUUAUGUAUAAUGUUUAUGCUUAUGUUAAAUAAAUAAUAAUCAUUUGGC